AUGCCACUGAGGACUUUACAGAUCAAGCCUUCCUCAAAAAGGUGGUCAAGUAGAUCAAGGCAGAAGAUUCUUACAGUCAAUAUGAUCAGUUAUCCACUGGCAGAUUUCCGACACCUCACUCACAUCGGAACGGACAUGAACAGGAGCUUUGGGGACCUGUCCUUCCUUCAGCCGGCCCCCAGUCUGAUGCUACAGAGCUCUAUGAGUGAGCAAAACCUCUUCCAGGCCUGCUCACCCCCUCCAAAACCCCCUCGGAUCAACAUGGAUAAACUAGAGGAAGGCAGCAGUGGUAACAAGUGGGCCUCGCAACAAGAGACUUCAGCUCAGAGACGCCAAAAAUGUAGCUCGCUGCCACUUUUGGACACAGAGGAGGUGGAGGAAGGAAAUGAUGAACUGCAGCUAGAAGAGGCUUCGGUGAGCCAAAGCCCAAGCCGGGGGAGCUUGAGUUCUGGUAGGAAUUUAACCCUGACUAGCCCCGAGGAAUUGCAGUCAGAGGAGACUGACCCAAAUUUCGCCUUCGACCUGGACCUGGGGCCCUCAAUACUGGAUGAUGUACUGCAGGUGAUGAACAAACUCCACCAGUAA